CACACACACAAAAGAACACAAAAACUCAGAAAUAAACAUACACAAAUAUGACAACAUCGCGAUUGAUCAUGAUCUGUUUCUUGGUCGUUGUCAUAACAACAUCAUCUGGUGUUAGUUGCAAAAAAGAAAAAAAACAUCAUCCUAGACAAGUGAGUGGCGUCCCUGAGCCAAGCAUGGCCCCUGGUAUUCAAGGACCGCCUGGUGUUGUUGGACAAGUGAGUGGCGUUCCUGAGCCAAGCAUGGCCCCUGGUAUUCAAGGACCGCCUGGUGUUGUUGGACAAGUGAGUGGCGUCCCUGAGCCAAGCAUGGCCCCUAGUAUUCAAGAACCACCUGGUGUUGUUGGACAAGUAAGUGGCGUCCCUGAGCCAAGCAUGGCCCCGCCCCCUGGUAUUCAAGGACCGCCCCGACCGCCUGUGGUGACGGACGUAGUGUUUUCUGUCGACGGAGGGCAAGUCUUGCCCAACGUUCCCUAUUACAUCAGCUUCAUGUCGGCCGACUACAACAUGUGGAUUUGCCGAAUGAAUCCAAGUUCCUCAGAUCCCAAGACAUGCCCACACCAACCGGUAAUGUUCACUAGACCAACUAUAGCACCCGAGCCCGUUAUGUUUAUAUUACCACCAUCAACACCAGAUACUGUCAUACGUGAAUCAACUAAACUUAGCAUUAAGUUCGUAAACCCAAGUCAAUGCGGCGAAUCAGGGGUUUGGAGAGUUGCAAAUGGUGAAGUAGUCCUGGGCGGAGUUGAGGGAAGGGAAGAUAGUUUGUUCCGGAUCCACAUGACUGACUCGUAUUACAUGUUUACUAUAGGUGAAAGUGUCUAUCCAGACGUUUAUGAAACGAGUAUCAGUUUAUCUAACAGUGCAAUUGGUAAAGAUAGGUUGAUGGCGAAUUCUGGAGAGUUGGAGGUUCUUUUCUUCCAGCAUUAUCCUCCUGAAUAUAAUUAUUAUUAAGUCGCAUGUUUCGUUUUUACCCGGGCUUUAUUACUAUGUAAUCUGUUUUCAUUUCAAAAUUAAAUAAAACUUGACGUAAACA